GUCGAGGACUAGGACCACCAGACCCCACAGAUGAUGUUGCUCUACAACAGCCAGCAGUACUCCGUGGUGAGAGGGAAGAGUCUGUGGCCAUGACCCUGUGUCAUGCUGCCCCUGUGACCACCGCUGCCAGCAGGCUGUGGUGCAAAGCCUCCCUGGUGCUGGCCAUCUGCCUGUCUGCCACUGUUCUCCUGUGCAGCCCAAGCUCUCUGCCUGCCCUGGGCUCCCUGGCUUCUUCCCCUGUUUGGCUGGGCACUGCAGCCACCCAGCAAGGGACAGGAGAUGGUCUGGUGGCAACAGGCAAGGACCUGCCCGAGCAAUCAGCUGGGCAGCAGGGUAGGACUGUGCUGAUGAGUGCCCCAAGCUGCUUGCCAGAGGUAGAAGGAGUUGUGACCCGUGGUACAGAUGUGGAGGGAUGGAGCCUGGGGAUGCUGACCACAAGCCCUGCCUCUCCCUUGACAGCUUGGACCUCACCACAGCAGAAGGCUGGCUCCAGGCAUGGGGAAGGGCUCAGCAUGGGCACAGCAGUGGCUGUGACACAAUGGCUUGGCACAGGGGCAUCUGCUACCUCAGACAGGCUGCUCCAGACCAUGGGUGUGCCCAGUGCUGACUCCCAGCUUCCCCUUGCUGUGGGAACCCUACCUGGCACAGGACCAGGCUCACAUGAUGCCACACGGAAGCCAGCAGUGACCUCAGCCCGUGGCCUUGGGCAGCCAGUGGGCACAGCAGAGCCCCACAGCCCAGGGACUCCUGUCCCAGCACACAAAGGGACACUGGCAGGGACUCUCUCUCAGAGCCACAGUAUAAUGGAUCAACCUGGAGAUGCCCAGAUGCUGGGCCUUGGGUCACUUCCAGACCAUCAGACUGUGCCCUGCAAAGGAGAUGUCAGCCCAGUUGUGAGCUCAAAGUCUCCUGCUGUAGUCACAGCCAGGGAUGUAUCUUCUUGGAGCAGAGCUGUGACAGCAGCACAGGCUCCCAGUAGUGUGCCAGCACCUGACCUAGCUACAUCUGGUGUCCAGCAUGGAGCUGCAGUGCCCAGAGCAACAGAGAGGAGUCACAAUGACCAGGAAGAAGAGGUGAGACCAAGCCCUGGCCAGCUUGACCUUGGUAUGGGUAAGGACCACACUGCUGUUCCUUGUCUGGUACCCCUUCCAGAGGUGUCUUCAGCUCUGCCAACAGAAAGGGCAUCCAACUCAACCAAAAUGCACCCUGGCACUGACUGGAUACCCUCUACAGUCACACCUGAGAUGUCUUGGGACACACAACCUGCUGGCACCUUCCUGCAUGCACUGGACAAGGUCUCAGGAAAUAGGUCUGGACUUCUGGCCACUCUCUUGGCCUCACCUAGUACUGUGGUGGCUCAUGAUGUCACCCAUCCACAAGUGCUGGCUUCCACCCCCCCUGCAGCAGAGGCUGGGGGACCUGCUGUCACCUCGGGGAAGGCAACUGAGUCUUCUCCCUCUGCACAGCAGACUUUGCCAACAUCUACUGAAGCCCACCACUCCCCUGCUUGGACCAGAGUCCCCAGCACUGCAAGUCCAACUGGGGUGAGCUUGGCACCCCCUGAUGCCAUCCCAGAGCCUGGAGUGACUGAAGUCCCCUGCAAGGAUGGAGCUGGUGUGGUGGCUUCUCCAGAAGAGCCAAGAACUGCAGGUGUGACACAUGGCUUCCCUCUGGAGUCACCCACCCAGAGGCCACUUUGGCAUCCAGAGCCCUUCCUCAUGGCAGCACCUGAGCAUGGACCCACUGCAGGGCAAGGCCAGGCCAUGAAGGAGACUGAGAUGAGCAUGCAGCCAGGACAGGUGGCUGUGGCAGCAGAAGCUGGACACAGUGAGCCCAGAACAGCAUCAGCAGGCCCCCAUGCUACUCCAGCAGAACCUCCGGAGCCCACCCAUGCCAGCCCAGCCUCUGUGCCUCCUCCCAACUCCAAGAAUCCUGCUCUGGAGUGCUGCUUUGAGAGUGUGCAACACACCAGCACCACAGGCUUGCCAUCUCCACCCUACCUGCUGCCUUCAGCUGGAGCUGUGAGUGCAGCCAGCUCUGAGACCCUGGCUGUACCAGCAGUAGUGACCCUGUCUGCCCAGUCCAUGGCCAGGCCCUUUGCCACUUCCCAGCACCCCUCAACAGCUGGAGCACAGCCCUCUUCAGCUUCAGGAGAGGCCUUCACCAGAGCUGGGCUGGUGACAGUGGCCAAAUCUGUCUCCUUGGGGCUGAAGCCCUCUGCACCCCACUUUGCCAGGGUCCCCAGCCAGCUUCUGCCCACACAUGUGCUGCCCUUCCAGUUCAGGCUAGUGGGUAUCGCUUACUCGGAGGCGCUGAGCAACCCAGCUUCAGAGAGCUACAGGGAGCUGGAGGAAGAAGUGAGGCUGCUGCUAAACCAAAUGCUGUCCACCUAUAAGACCUUCCUGAAGGCAUAUAUCCUCGAGUUCAGGAAUGGCUCCGUGGUGGUGCGAGGGGAGGCUCUGUUCCGGGGGGAUGCUCCUGCUCCCACCAGCUCCCACUUCAUCCGGACCAUCAUUGCAGAGGCAAGCAGGGGAGGGAAUAUCUUCAGCUGGAAGCUGGAGCCACAAUCUGUCCAGUCCAGUGGCUUCAGCCUGGAGAACCUGGACCCAGAGAAGCUGUCUGUCUCUUUCACUGUCUUCCAGCUGGGGAGGAACAGAACAGAAACCUUGGAGAAGCUGAUCAGUGAGGUGAUAUGGUCACUCAGUGCCUUCUAUGAAGUGAGGAACUUCUCUAUCGUCCAGCUCAGACGCUUCAGGGGAGGGCUGAAGAUUGUUGGAAACAUCUACCUUGACACUAUUGCCCAUGCUGAUGUUGCAGAGGUUCUGCAAGCUUUGACAGCUCUUGUAGCCUCCUCUGUGGACCUGACCUCCCUCUCAGUGGAAGGAGCCAAGCUUGACCUGCAGGUUUAUCCAGUCUCCUUCCUCAUCACCAACAGACACUUCAGUGAGAAUCUUCUGGACCCACUUACUAAAGAGCACCAGGAGCUCACCAGAAAGCUUGGUGAUGUGGUUGCAAGAAUCCUGAGGAGAAACAACAAGAGCUUCCUGCAGGUGGUGAUAAGAGGGUUCCUGCCUGGCUCCUUGAUCUGCCAUGGGGAUGUGGUCUUCCAGAAGCCUGCUCCAACCAGCCAGCAAGUUCUGGAGGUGCUGCUUCUCUCAGUUGGACCAGACAAGGCUUUGGCUGCUUCAAACUUCCAGGUGGACCCCUACUUUCUUGCUGUUGGAGAGGCCACUCUGGAGCCCCCCAAGUCCCAGCCAGGCUUUCCAGAGUACGGAGUGGCCAUCAUUGUUGUGUGUGGCCUCUGCAUCAUUGCUGCUCCUGUUGCCAUCCUGCUGUAUCUGAGAACCAAGAGGCUUGGUCGGUGGGACAGACCAGUCCUCUGGGACAGAAGAGACCUUGAAGUAGGGACUCAGACCAUGGAAAUGGAAAACCAAGGAUUCUGGGCAUCCUCUGAGCAGGGGCCUGAGGAUGUGCAUGCCUGCUGUCAGGAUGACUCUGUCUGAGAAGAUAAGGCUGCUGGAGUGAAGAAAUGGAGAGGGGUUUUGGGGAGAGAUCUGCUCAGAAGAUGCUCCUUGAGCUGCAGCUAAGUGCUCCUGGAGGAGGUGUAAUAACUUUGUGUGUUUUGAACUUUUAAUAAACUGUUUCUAGACUGCCAA